AUGCGGCCGUCGUCUGGCCUUGGACUGCAGACAUCCAACCAAUCCGCCCUGCAAGCGCGUAUCAACGAGAAGAAACUCGAGCUGGAGUCUCUGCGCCAACUGCGCGAUCUUUCCGCUGGGCUCGCGGGACAGAUGCAGCAGCUCGAAGACAAGCUGAAUACUUUGAGCAAUGGAACCGAGGCGGUGGCUGCUGUAAUGGGGAAUUGGAACACGGUGCUGAGGGCGAUCUACAUGGCGAGUCAGAAGAUUCCGAAGCCGAAGGAGGAUGGGGAGGGUGCGAAGCAGGAGGAGAAGAGAGAGUUGCCGCAGACUCUGGUGAGGAUCCCGAUUCAGCAGGCGGAGGCGGUGCAGAGGGAGCAGGAGGAGAAGAGGAGGGCUGAGGGUGGAGAUUGA